AGAACAGGAAGCGUCGAGAGAGCCUUUGCACGCCUCGUUCCGCAUGCUUGGCAUGCUCCAAGCGGUGCACCAGGUGCUCAAAGCGACCGACCGGGCAAAAUUGUCGGGAGGAGAAUUGCGUUCGCUCUUUGAUCUUUUGCUCAAUGCGGCUACGAAUGGUACAGCCGUUGCGCAGAUCUUUGAACGGAAUCCCUUGGCAUGGAAAUUCCGUUUGAAAGCGCUGUCCCGCAUCGUCGAAAAGUUCUUGCCCAACAAACCAGCGCCUUGGCGGUACCAGCGUGGCGUGCGCGUGUUGUUACAAAGCGUAACGAACGAUGCAACGAUAAGUGAGAAAAAGAAGCCUGGCGUGGUGGCUACCGGAGAAGGAGGAGGGGAGAUUAAAGGAGCGCAAGAUACUUCAGACGCGGCCCCCGGGGAUGAUGUUGAUAUCAUCAUAGGAAAUGUGAUAGCACACGACACACAAGAAGAUCAAACAACACUAGUUGAUAAGUUCAAAACAACUUCCGCCGGUGCGGUCGGCGAACAACAGGCGGUAGAAUCAAAGGACAAAGAAGCGAAUCAGUUAGAGCUCAGCGUAGACGGAGAAGAAAUCCUGCCAGAGGAAUCACUAGAACUAGUGGAAGAACUAGCCGAAAUUUUGUUGCAGUCCUUAGUGCAUAGCGACACUGUGGUCCGGUGGAGUGCUGCGAAAUGUUUCGGAAGACUUUGCGCGCAACUCUCAAGUCUCUUCCUUGCGGAUCAGCUCAUCUUUAAGAAAAUGGUUUUGUGAUUAAUAUCCAGUAGCACGAUUGAGUGCUCCUCGAAGGGAUUCCUUUAUUCCAAAACACAACGUAAAACAAGAAGCGUUUUUUCACAUUUCCAGAUUUUCUUCAUCUUUUGCGCGUUGGAGGAACGCUGUUUUCAGACACGAAACGACCGCGCUUGGCAUGGUGGGUGCUUAGCGUUAGCAGAGUUAGCGCGCCGUGGACUACUUUUGCCGAGUCGACUCAAAGCGACAAUUCUGCCGCUAGUCUGUGAAGCUUUGCACUUCGAGUUUCCCAGCAGUAGUUUAUGAACGACUGCCUGAUAGUUGGAGAUGUCAUCUUAACGGAUUCUUUGAUGAAACUUCAGUUCUCUGCUAUAGUUAGAGACGACCUUAGAAAACUUCUGUCUUUCUCGAGUGCUGGUUGCAGCAUCUGCAGAAUUUUGGUGCGUCCUCUAGGUUUUCCACCAUGGAGUACAUUGAACUCUAGUUCUGCUAUAGUUAGAGACGACCUUAGAAAACUUCUGUCUUUCUCAGGUGCUGGUUGCAGCAUAUGCAGAAUUUUGGUGCGUCCUCUAGGUUGUCCACCAUGGAGUACAUUGAACUCUAGUACCUCCUGAUCCUCUUUCCGAAGAUUGUAUCCUUUCAUUUCUUGCAAGUUCCUCAACUACCGCAACAUCAAGCGGCCAGCAUGUUCGGGACGCCGCGUGCUACUGCGUUUGGGCCUUUGCUCGUGCAUACGAAGCUUCACACUUCGCAGACUGCCAGAAGAUGUUGGCGCGGGCUCUUGUGCCUGUAGCAUGCUUUGACCGAGAGAUUAACAUACGUAGGGCAGCCAGUGCGGCGAUCCAAGAGCACGUUGGACGCCAAGGGAGCUUUACACAUGGGAUUGCACUUGUAACGCUCGCUGACUUUUUCUCGGUGAGCUGCAGACGGCGUGCCUAUCUCGAAGUCGCGUCACGCGUGGCGGCAUUGUCUCCUGAAUACCGCUUCUCACUCAUAAUUAUGGAUUGAGCAGAGUUGCCAUAACUUCACUCGUAAUUUUUAAGAUCUUUAAAUAGAAGGAAGUACUUAUUUCAUUUCAUAUUUGUUAUACUAUUGUGAUUAAGUAUUUUCUAACCCAAUCUCAAUCAUGGAAUUCCUGGCAGUAUCUUUUUUUGAUUUUUUCCAUCUCUAACCUAAAUCAUUUGUUGGAGCACAAACUGGAUCAUCCAGACGUCGCGAUUCGCGAAGAGUGUGCUUUGAGUCUCGGUGAGCUCCUCUGCUCUGAAACAGCAGACGAUGUGUCCUCUAGCUGUUCUACGGCUGCUUCUUCGCAUCAUCUGGGAGGAAGUGGUGGAGCAAAUGGGCGGGUAGCUAACAGUAGUGAAAAAGAUCACGGACAAAAAAUUUCCUCUUCAGGAGAGGAAGAGCUCUGUAGUGUUGGUGCGAGCAGUGCCGUGGAUGAUGAAUUUACUGUGUAUGCGAACGAAAUCGUGUUGCCACGGCUUGCGGCGAACAUUGUCCCGCCUACAGCACCCGCUACGGCAGGGCGUACAACCGGAUCGGCUGCCGCUUCCAGUUCCACGAACACGGUUUCAGUACCCCUACGGCACGGAUCACUCUUGGCAUUAGCGGAGAUAGUAAGACGCAAUCGAGUUGUUUUUUCCGCAGAGAGUCAAACGGUUUUGCGAAAUCUAGUGCCAAACGGAGAGAAGCAGCGCAUGUAUCGUGGCCGUGGCGGGGAGAUCAUUCGCUACGGCGCGAUGCGGCUUUUGAGAGCUGUGUGUUGCAAUAGCGACAUUGUCUUUCCCGCAGAAAAAACGACGAAGUAUUACCUUCAAUCCAUUGAGGAGUGCCUCUACCAUUCGGGCGAGACACGCAUCCAGUACGUUGCGAUGGAAGCGCUCUCCUUUCUCUUGCAACAGCGCAUUGCGCCGGCUGACGACAGUGUUGCGUACCAAAGACCGAGAGUCCUCGCAAAUCUCAAUAUGGGUGAAAUGAAGGAUGAUAGAAUAGCUGUUUCAACAUCAGCAUGCGAAGUGGACUCACUUCAGAAAAAGGAACAAGAAACAGGAACUUCUGCUUUGGUGGAAGAGUUCUGCGGCAAGCAAGUGGAAAGGUUGACGUCUAGUGCGUCGCAGAAGGCAGACGUACCGAUAGCGACUCGAAAUGGUGCUUUGUUAGCACUCGGAUGGGCAGCGCAAUUUGUUUCCAAAGAAACAAGAAGUACGUGUCUAAAAACGCUCUGCUCCGAGGUAACGGCGCAAAACCUGCCUGUUGAGACGCGGGACCCGAUUUCGCGACAAUACGCCGUUUUCUCGCUGGCGCGAAUUCUCGCGGCGUCCUGUUGUGUGACGCAGCAAGGAGGGAAAGAUGAUAACUCUUGUUCAAUAGAAACAAAUGCUACAUCAAAUGAUACCACGCUCGCCUCCCAAACCAAUGGUCCGGAGUUGAUUGAAGAGGAGGAUCUUGUGCUGGUCGAGAAGGCAUUGCUUGCAGCGACUCAAGACUAUGAAACGGAUCGGCGCGGGGAUGUUGGUAGCUGGGUUCGUGAAAUGGCUCUGGACGCUCUUGUUCAUUUCCUCAGCUACCUACAGCAAAAAGCACCUAUGACAACAACGAGGACUAGUACUGUAGAUAGUCAAACCCAAACCACGAACCGUUGUAAAGACAUCUAUGCGGCAAUACUUCAACAGUGCGUGGAAAAGAUCGACCGGACACGUCUUAUAGCGUUUGCAGCAUUAUGCAGAGCGGUGAAAAAAGUUUCACUAGCAGUGGAUCAGAGCGCGGCGUUUCAGGUCACAGCAUCGCGAACACACCAAGCGAAGGAACCAAUCGCAAAGUUGCUCAUGAUGAUUAAGGCAUGUGUUAGAUCUACUGAAGAAGUAUUCGUAUCUGAACGUGUACUUCCACGUGAUGGAAAUCUACCUUCACUACUAGCAAAAUUUGAAUAUUCUACACCAAGAAUGAUUUGGUCGUCUUACCGAAAUCUAAGAUUAGUAGACCUGAGAAAUGUGGCUCCGAUGCCGCAGUCGAAGAGCCUUGGUUCACCGCUCUGUGGCAGUGCUGUAGACAGGGAGGCACACGAGAGCAGCAUGCCGAAAUAGAAGCAGACGCCACGAUGACUGCAGUGAGCAAAACUGUGCUGCAAGAAGACGCAGCACAAUUAGAAGAUGAGUGCGGUCUUUUUUUGUUUCGCAGGCUAGCAUGUCUCCUUGAGCUCGAGGAUUUUCGGUCGAGUUUGCUCAAAGGGUUAGUCUGUUCCGUUGGAGGCGUGACCGAGUCAACGGCAAAAGCCAGCGCAGCCGCACUACUGGACUAUGGAGAAACCAGCGUUCUUCGCCGAGACGGCGUUGCCGCGACAUUGAAUACGCUAAGCGAAGCGCGAGAUGAGCGCCUAGUGCUACCGAUUUUGAACGUGCAAGGAUUACUCCUCCAAAAAUUGCAAUAUCCAGAUGGGUCAGAGGCCGAGCGCCUCUUUCAAAAGUACCUAUAUUGAAUUUAGAUUGCAGGUGGCAAGAGAAUAUAAAUCCCUACUAAAUUAUAUUGUUGUCUGGUUAAUAACCGGUUAGCUUUCCCUCUAUUCUUAGGCUUUUCCCUACUGGCAAUAUAUUGUUGUCUGGUUAUCUUCUCGUAAUUUGAAAGCAAAACAUAUCAAGUCGUGGCUCGAGGUGACACCGACUAUGUAAAAUGACGACGGUCUCUGUAUGAUUUAUGGUGCUUAUCAUCAAUAAUUAAUUAUCAUCAGCACGUACACGUUGAUUCAUUCGAAGCAGUUUCGAGGAAACAUAGCUGUUCUGCGAAGUGCGCUGACGGUUUUUCUCGGCCUCGGGCAUUUCGAGCAUUCACCUGUGAGACGUAAAGCUCUGAGAGUAGCGUUGCAAUUACUCGGACACCGUUUCCCAAAACUCCGGGAGGCCACCGCCCAGGCCUUAUACUUGACACUGCAGCAACAGACGGGCGCUGAUCUGGCCUACUGGGAAGAGCUGGAGAAAAAGGACGCUCCUGCAGAAACUAAUUGUACUAGUGCAGGACAAGCAGAGCAAAAGUCAUCUGAUGAACUCCUGGAGACGCGCAUUCCUAGUGCCGAGAUUGAAACUGCGUGCGAGCUUCUAGUAGCCACAGCGUGGAUGGGUGAGGAGGGUGUAGAAGACGCAGUAUUGCGGAUCCAUGACCUACUACGACUUCCACGACCCAAGAGCACGAUGAUAGGGACGAAAGCGGCCAAAGCAGCUAACAAGGGUGGUAUUGCCAAUGCUACCCUGGUUAAAAACGAAGUACAAGGCUAUGCGCAGCUGGUGCGUGAAUUUCACAAUGUAUGAUUUACAGGGGAGGUGGAAUAGAGGGAGGUUGUGCGAGCAUGAUGCGGGUGUGGUCCCAUUGUUGAACAAAGUUUUCAACACACUGCAUUCCGCUACUUCCCCGUCUAGUCCUCGAAUGUCUGGGGCUUUACCGUGAGCCAUAAGUGCUCUACUUUCUUGUGCACAGCACUUAGAAGUAAUUUUCAGCAAAAACUCUCAGCACACACUCAUCAUGUUUGGUGUCUGUGAAAAAUUAUUGUUGUUGCGGUUUAUCUUCGAUUACACCUUGAGACUGUGGGAGCCGUGCAACAGUCUUUUUGUCGCUUAUGAUGCCCAAGGCUUUCGACUACCAGAAUCGUCAAGUACGGAAUUUCCAACUCUGUUGAUAGAAGUCAGCGAUGUGAUUUUCACUUAGAGCAUCA